AUGUCUGCAUUAGUUAACCUAUUGAAUGUUACUGUGAAUGUGCAAAAUGCACAAGGCAGGCCCCUGAAUAUACCUUUCAGUGACUCAAUCAGCAUUGCGAAUUCAAUGUUAUUAAAGGCGGAAAAUGUUGCUAUACGAGUUGAGCUGACCAAUGGUUCUGUAGGUUGGGGAGAGGCUCCCACUCUCCGUCCAAUAACCGCAGAGGAUCAGUCACUAGCUUUGGCCAAGGUGACUGAGGUGUGUGAUAUGUUGGCGAAGAUAGAUACUGAAAUGCCUCUGAGUUCAUUGUUGAGUGAGGUCGGACGGAUUCUGCAAGGACACAAAUUUGUUUCUGUGAGAGCUGGUGUUGAGAUGGCCCUCAUUGAUGCAGUUGCCAACAUGAUCGGCGUGCCACUGUGGAGAGUGUUUGGUGGGGUUUCCAACACUAUCAGCACAGAUAUCACAAUUCCAAUUGUUUCAUCUGCCAAGGCUUAUCAACUGGCUUCUGACUAUCAAACUAAAGGAUUUAAAACUUUAAAACUCAAGGUAGGAAAGAACCUUAAUUCAGAUAUAGAGAUGCUUAGAGCUGUACGCAGGGCGCACCCUGAUUGCUCCCUUAUCCUGGAUGCCAAUGAAGGGUACUCCUCUUCGGAAGCUAUACAAGUUCUCCAGACAUUGCAUGAAAUGAAGUUGUUGCCAGUUCUGUUUGAGCAACCGGUCCAUAGUAGUGACUGGGAAGGUCUUGGUCAGGUUACCAAGAUUGCAAAAGAGAAAUAUGGCGUAUCUGUUGCAGCUGAUGAGAGUUGCCGGGGCCUGGACGAUGCAAAGAUGAUCAUUGAAAGAAAUCUGGCAGACGUCAUCAACAUCAAGAUGGCAAAACUUGGGGUACUUGGAGCCAUUGAAAUCAUUGAAUUGGCAAAAGCAUCUGGUUUGGAGCUUAUGAUCGGUGGGAUGGCUGAGAGCAGACUUGCAGUAGGUUUUUCUGGUCACCUUGCUGCAGGGCUCGGAUGUUUCAAAUAUAUUGAUCUAGAUUCCCCAUUUCAUCUCUCAGAAGAUCCGGUGCUUGACGGUUAUGAAGUUUCUGGGCCUGUUUACGAGUUCACAAACAAGGCAGUUUUAUCAGCAAUGUAG